AUGGCCACGUCAAGCACAAAGCCGGUCCUGAUCUCAGGGGCUGGCAUUGCGUCGCUGCUGCUUGCCCAAAGCCUGCGUCGCUCCAACAUCCCCUUCCGCAUCUUUGAGCGCGACGCGUCCUUUGUCUUCCGCGCUCAAGGGUACCGUCUGCGUCUGUCAGCCGAGGGGCUCGACGCCAUCGAGUCGACGCUGGAACCAUCCAUCUGGGACAAGUUCUGGGAUGCAUGCGGCAAGACGGCCGGCGUCGGCGUCGCGGCGUGGAACGCCGUCACGGGAGAGCAGACGGAGCUCCCAUCCACCGGGGGUUCGCUAGGGUCGCGCGACGGCAAGGUCGUCGGCAUCGCGCGCGGCGACAUGCGCAGGAUAUUUGCCUCGGGAUGCGAGGACUACAUUGAGUGGUCAAAGCAGGUUACGGGCUAUGAGCUGCUUGACGACGGCGUGGCUGCCAUCUUUGCCGACGGCUCCAAGUCCGUCGAGGGCUCGUUGCUUGUCGGCGGUGAGGGAAUCUACUCGCGCGUGGCCAGGCAGCUCUCGGACGGCAAGCUCAAGGUCUUCGACACGGGGGCCCGCGGCAUCCACGGCCAGGCGCCCACGACGGCGUUCAAGGGCCUUGGCGAGGGCGUACACUCCCUGCGUGACGAGUCUCGCGGCAGCGGCAACGUCGUCUUUGCCAUCACAAACGUCCGCCCGGGCGACAUAGAUGAUCCCAACCUCAUGUUUGGCUGGACCAUGGGAGGGCAUCCGGGUGCGAUACGUGCGCCCAACGACGACUACUCGCUUCUGGGCGAGCCGGCGGCCAAAAUCGCCAAGGAUCUCACAAAGAACUGGAACCCUCGGUUCAGGCCGCUCUUUGAGAACAUGGCUGUCAACGAGGCCGCCUUCUGGAAGAUUACAUGCUCCACGCCCAGCGGUGUUCCGGAGUGGAAGAACCAGCCCCGUGUCACCGUCAUCGGUGAUGCGGUGCACUCGAUGACACCCGCAGCCGGUAUUGGGGCCAAUACGGCCGUGCGAGAUUCGGCUCUGCUCGGCAAACUGCUGCGCGAUGCCGGAGGGUACAAGCCAGGAAUCACGGCCGAAUAUGAGAAGCAGAUGAGGGUGUAUGCCAGCGAGGCCGUCAAAACCAGCUACACCAAUGCCGUCAAGCAGUGGAAUAUCAAGAUCGAUGAGGAGACGACGCCUACAGUUUGA